UCUCACGAUUUUGUCAAUGCGCGUAGGACGCUGUGCUGCGAGUGUCUCUCGGCAUUUCGUAAACACGUUUUUCGCUCGCGACCGGCGCGCUUUCUUUCGUGGUUUGUUUCUUCUACUGGAAAUUGUGGAUUUCUGUGUUGUAUCUCGUGUUGAUAAUCAUGAUCGAAUUUUUCGUUUCGCUCUUAUCGAAGUGUCCAUCUUGAAAUUCGCUAAUCGUGGUAUGUGAUUUUCGAAGUGUGUUUUCUUGAUCAACCAGCCACCGGAUUGUGGCUUUACCGCAGGAUAUCAGUUCAGUGAUCUUUGCUGUGUUUAAUCAUGGUUUUCCAGAUUUUAUUGUGUGUCAUGUGAUUGUUUUCUAGUAGUCAUCUGCUGAAACUUCAAAAUGGAUACCAACACUAUCAUCGAGGGGACUGUCAAAUUCCGGGACAACAAAAAGUGGAAACCGCGAUGGUGUGUCAUGCGGAAAUUGUCUCCCGUUGCAGACUGCUUACACUUACAACUUUACCGUGAUAGUCGGGAUCGAUACAAGCAGGGUCAGACCAAAGCGUCCCUCUCGUUGCAGUACUUCCUAGGAGUAGAAUCUGGUUUCACGCUCGACAAAGAAUCUAAUACGUUUGCGAUAAUCUGUCAAGAUGUUAUCGUUGUUCUUGCGUUCGACACGAGGGAGAGGCUCAUCCAGUGGCAGGUCAAAGUUGCCAGUAACCUAGGAGAAGAUGUCCAGUUCCUAAUACAACUGGCAUCAGCUCCAGCAAAAGCCAAAAUAAGCCCUGGUCCAGCAAGACUGCAUGUUCAGGAUUUACGAUUCUGUCUGACCACAGGUGUUCCUCCACGGCUAGCAGGCUGUUGGAACAUCAGCCACCUCCGUCGGUACGGAGUUGUAGAAAAUCGAUUUUGCUUUGAAGGCGGCUCACAAUGCGGCCGAGGCGAGGGACUCUAUGUUCUUCUGAGCGAUCAAGGAGAACAGAUCACUCAAACAAUGCAGGCAGCGGCAGAAAAUAAACUGUCCACCAGGAGGAGGCCUGUUGCCCGAAACAUGUCAGUCAUGGAUAGUCCUAGAAAAAUGAUGAACUCUCGAGCAGGAACAAGGACUCCCGACUUCAGUUGCUCCGAAUCAUACACUAGCCAACGAAUCAGUGUCUUAGACUCAAACCAAAGGAUAAAUGAUGAUGGAACAAGUUUCUCGAUGAGUCGUCAAAGUGCAGAGGACCUUCUUGGUUGGCCUUCUUCAGAAACGAGACCCGGAAGUUGUGAUUACGCAGAUACUGCCUCUGUUGGAGAGUACGGUCCUGCCCCAAACAUACCGGAAUGUGGUGAAAAUACCCUGGGAAGAUGCGCUAGCUGUAUUAGUAAAUUAGGUAUGAUGUCUAGAUCGUCCACUGCUACGACAGCUUUCAGCCCUGCCUGGACUAUGGAAAACUCAGUGAAUUGUAGGCACCUGAGUGUGUACUCUCAAGACAGUAGCACAAGUGGGGGUAGCGGGAGUGGAAGCGGUAGUGGCAUGGAAUAUUCUGUGCCGAGAACUUCGUUACGAAAUCUAGCCACACCUGUUCCGACACGUGAACAUCAACCUCAUCCGUUAUCUAGUUUACCUCCCUCCAUGGAUCAUUGCCACUGCUGUCCGCCCGUUCGGCCUCCAAAGCCAGCUCAACUCAGUGUACAAGCCAAUAGUAAUCAAUCAUCCCCAAUCAAGAAGAAACUCAGAAAACCUCCAAUGCCUCUACCGGUAACGGUAGCCUCAACAUAUCAACCUCCCAAUAUUAGUACCUCAUCGACCAAUGUCCAUCAGUGCCCAUCUUGCUCAGUUGUCUUCUCAAAUAAUCCUUACAAUAACUACGAUGUGCCAAAAACUUUGAACUUCUGCUGCAACUCACAGGAUACCUCUCGGAUGAAUCGAAUACCCAACUCUCACAAAAAUGGUGAUUUGUAUGAUAUGCCGCGCAGUAUAAAAUCUGCCCUGGAAACUAGUCGUGUGUUUGACAACUAUGACACACCACCUAUACCAGUAGCCCUAAACCAAACCUCAUCAGGAAGUGAGAGAAAAAUUCUUGAUCAAAGCAAUUCAAGUACGCCAUCUCACUAUUGCUCGGUGGAAAACGGAAUUUGUGUCCCUAACAACACAAUUCAGAGAGUAAAAUUGAGUGGAGAAGGCAAAAUGCCUGUUGUGAACCAACAGUCUGGAGAACUAGCAAUUUAUGCAACUGUAAAUAAAGCAAUGAAAACCAAGUAUGCCCAAGAGCUAAAUAGUGAAAAUUCAAAAACAGAAGAGACAGCGGUAAACCAUGAAACUAGCAACAAUUACAUGAACAUAGAUGCCAAAAAUAACAAAUCCUGCUCCUCUGAAAAACCGUUGUGUACUUCAAAUUACCAAAAUUUUGAAUUCGAACAGUCUUUAGAAUAUUAUGAGAAUUCAAAACAGUUGAGAGAAAAAGUUCUAGGUGAUGGAACAGAAUCAGCUCAGAGUAACUCGAGUGAAAAAUACAGAACUAGUCUCAAUGGAUCAAAUGAUAACGGAGCAAACUUCUGUCAGAAAUGUGGACACGCCUGCACACCUAACUCAAACUUUAGCGAUCAGAAUAAGAUGAACGGCAAAGGUCACGAGGAUUACCUCGUAAUGGAGCCUGGUGGUGUUCAAAACCAGACAUUGACUGACAAUCCUUCAAGACCACCUCAACAUUUCUUAGGAUACUUGCCAAUGUCACCCAUCUCAAAUCUUAGUUGUCUGAGCAAGAAUGAGCUGCUUAAGCUCAAAUUAAAUAAUGAGAGGAACCAUGAACGCUCAGCCAGCAUUCCAAGUCUGUACGGUCCAAACUUCGAUAAGUGUCGCCGGAGAACAGAAUCAGACUUUGUGAGGAUACCUGGCUCAGCGAUGUUGGGUAUCAAUCGGCCAGCAUCUGCAUGCACCAGCCCGUACUUGAGGAGGCAUUCAGUAGAUAGGAAGAGAUCCAAUUCUGCUGAGUCGACGCGGCAUCCAACGGACCUCGAGUGUAUAUCAGAACGCCUCUCGUCCGCAACACCCACACAUACUGCCAGUAGUCAGAACUCUUCUAUCGACUCUCUUUCAAGCCAAAGAAUUGUAAGUACUGUUGAGAAUGAUAAAAAGGCACUGUCAAGUGACAGCGAUAGUUCGUUGCAAACGUUAGUCCGUGACACUGUCGAUGACUCACAGUCUCAAACGGUACACAUCCGGAGAUCUUCGAGCGUGCCUUGCAAACCAGGAAACAACAGAGAUUCCUCAAGUUCGAAUGAUUCAGGAGUCUCUACAGGCUCAUUAAAGCAACGAGGAAGCGAUUUCACAGAUUUUGAGCUUCCCACAACUACCUCAAGGUCGACCAGACAGCAUAACAUUGCGAUGAGUCAAGGACUUGUUGGCCACUCGACUUGUCUGCAUGCUUCUCUACCAAGAAAGUCCAAGUCCCAGGACCCGUUAGGAGAGUUGAUGUUUGAAUUUCAAAAAGAAAAGGUACCUGCCAAAUCUUCCUCUGCUGAGGCCGAGAUUCCUGUUUGUGUUCCAAAAUUAGAAUCUUCCAAAGAGUGUGUUCCUGUCUAUACUGACUCACGUAGUACAAGUAGUGGAACUUCAGAUAUGAGUGAUUACAUCGAGACUCUCUCAUUGUCCUCUCAUAGUUCCUCUGACACACCAGAGGGUUUCAGAUUGGGGAGAACUACGUUGAGGCCUCGCUCAGGAAAUGAAUAUCAGAAGAUUGACCGAUUUUUCCUUUCUGGAGAUUUAAAGAUGGACGGCAAACAGUUACCACCGUAUAUGAAUAUUACGCCUUUAUUUGAAAAGCCUGAACUUUCGCCUUCAUCUGGAUAUUCAUCCGUACAAGAAUUUCAUUAGCAUGUGGAACCAGAUCUUAUCCUGACCUCAAGCACUCUGUGGCAGCUGCCAACCUAUCAACAUUUUCCCCCUAAAGUCUAUCGCUUCAACUAGCCUGAGGGAACACCACUACUUUCUUCUGUCGUGAGCACUUAUCUUAAAAAUUUUUGUUAAUGAAGAUUUGCUCCCAAUGCCAAUUUUUCCUCAGACUUACUUGUGCCCUGAAUCAUUCUUAAAUAACUACAAUUAAUACUAAUUUAUCGAUGAAACAGAGAAAAAAUUUAAAAUUAACCUUGCAAAUUAAUGCGCAAUUUAGUUCACAGGAAUCCAUUUUACCCGUCAAUUUUUUGCUGAUUCAGUUAGAACAUAGUGUAUCAGUAUUUUUGUCACAUGCAACUCCUGAUUUUGAGAAGGUCAAAAUAAUCAUCUUUGAUCUAUUGCUGAUGAACUAACCACAAAUUAAAGCUCAACUUUUAUGAAAACACAUAAUAACUUAAACUUUUUAAGCACUAAUUGUGAACUGUGUGUUCACAAGUAGCUCUAACUAGCACCUACAACGUUCUUUGCUUUAUGUUAUCUUAAUUAACUUAGAAAGAUGUAUUCAUUUUUUUGAGAAUGAAGCAAAGACAGGGUUAUUUAUACAUAUGUAGUAUUCCAUAUUACAAGGAAAAAGUGUGCCCCUCUCAAAAUAAUAUUUCAAAUACCAACUAAGAAUACCUGACCUUCAGAAUAUGGACUGUGUCAAAAAUAAGGUAGUGAACCACAAUUGUGACACGAAUAGAGACUUGAAAGUAAUUUCAUAUUCUCUUUCUAUUCAUUUUAUGUGUGAAGAGAAGAGGAACAUAUAAUCAUCUGUCGAAUUUGCCAUUUGAGAAACCUCAUCGAAAAACUUCCGAUGAGCGAAGGAUACACAAUUUUCUUUCAAACUUUUUUCUGUGAAUUAAUUUUCUACAACCAAGAAUAGUCUAGAACUACAAACUACCUUUUAUAUGACGAUAAUCUUUGUAAAAUUUUGCCUGAAAAAGACAAAUUUAUGACUUACCUCAGUAUGAUGGUGAGCAUCUGUUAUGUACCUAUAUAAGGCUACAUUCACAUGGCUGAUGGCACCUUUGAAAUUUUACCGACACCUAGAGUUGAAAAACUCUUUGAGGGCUUGAAAAAUGUAUGCAAGAAAAAUUAAAUGAGUUGCAUAAGGAAGUAUAAAGUAUUUUGAGUGAAACUAUUCAAUUGUAUCUAAAUCAAGUCUUCUUUGAUUGUACAAAGUGUAUAAAUUCUUAAUUUAAUGUGGUGCAUUUUGCCUAGUCAGUAUCAGUUUUGUGUAUAGUAGAGGC